AUGGCGGACUCAAUCCUUCAAUCGAGUCGGCCGGCCGAUGAAAAGGCUGUGAUGCAACAUCACGAACAUAGUGACGCUUCACAGCACAGUCACCAGGAGAUAACUGGCCUGGGCUCAGAGGAAGCUAUGCAUGAGUCUGAGAAGGAUAUCCCGAUGACCUUCCGUCGCUUCAUGGGCUUUACUGCCAUGGCUUUCUUGUGGACUGGAAGUCAAAUCCCAGUCUACCUGUUUGGCGGCAUCCCUCCCUACAUUUAUGGAGACAUUGGUGGAUCAGACCGGUGGGUCUGGUUUGUUCUUGCAAACCUGCUCGGCCUUGCUGGUGUAUGCCCUUUUGUUGGAUCUCUAUCAGAUCUAAUCGGACGUCGCCCAGUCGCUAUUAUCGGAGCAUCCCUGAUUGUCAUUGGGAUGAUCAUCUGCAGCACAGUGCACACAAUGAACAACUUCAUCGCGGGCAUGGCCAUCGCUGGCGCCGGUGCCGGAAUCAAUGAACUGACAGCACUGGCUGCAACCUCAGAGAUGGCGCCGACUCGAAAGAGAGGAGUCUAUGUGGCAGUUCUUAUAUUCACCAUCUUACCAUUCUGCCCGUCCGUACUAUGGGCUCAGCUCAUCGCAUAUCACACCCAUUGGCGCUAUGUUGGUGCGUUCUGUGCUGCGUGGAGUGCCUUUGGUCUGUUGAUCACGAUUUUGUUCUACUUCCCUCCGCCCCGAGUCAACUCAGCUGGUUUGAGCCGAAAGGAGAUAAUUGGACGGAUCGACUUUGUUGGUGGUUUGCUCAGCAUCACUGGUCUGAUUGUUUUCUUGGCCGGCUUGCAAUGGGGUGGAUAUAUGUACCCAUGGACAUCUGCCCAUGUCCUGGCACCAUUGAUCAUUGGGUUCCUUUUGCUUGUUGCUUUUGGUUUCUGGGAAGUCUAUGGAGCCAAAUACCCCAUUUUCCCAUCGCGCCUCAAGCAAGAGCCUCGGAUUCUGGGUCUUACCCUCGUCAUUACUUUCAUCUCCGGUGCCAACUUCUUCUCCGUGCUUAUGUUCUGGCCCACCGAAUCGUUCAAUGUCUACGGCCAUGACCCAGUGGACGUGGGUGUUCGCAGUCUCCCUAUUGGUUUUGGAAUCAUGGCGGGAGCAUGUAUUGUGCUUGCGCUGCUAAGUGUUCUUCGUGGGCAUAACAAGGAGCUCUUGAUCAUUAGUAGCGUUCUGAUGACUGCAGGAUGCGGUGCUAUGGCUAUUGGCCGUACUGACAAUAUGUAUCAGCUCUGGGGAAUCCUCAUCCUUGCUGGCCUUGGAAUUGGAGGUAUUGUGGUGCCAGCCUCGAUUAUCACCACAAUUAUUUGCCCGGAUGAUCUGAUUGCCACUAUCUCUGCGCUCACCCUCUCCAUUCGCGUGGUAGGGGGUGGCAUUGGCUACACCAUUUACUACAAUGUCUUCAUCUCUAAGUUUGUCCCCGCGGCAACGCACUACAUCGGUGGUGUGAUGAUGACACAACUUAACAUCACCGAUGUCAAACUGAUUGGCGAGGCAAUUGAGCUGACAGGUGCCUCGUUGCUGCACGAGCUGCACACAAUCCCUGGUAUUGCUGGCAAUGAGACUGCAUAUCAAAUGGUCGUAGCGGCUGGUCAGAUUGCAUAUGCUGAAGGAUAUAAAUGGGUGUACUAUGUCAGUAUUGCAUUCGGUGCUGUCUCCCUUGUGGCCGCCUGUUUCUUGGGCGACAUCCAGAAGUAUAUGACAGACCAUGUCGCUGUGGUGAUGUGA